UUUAAUAAAGUAUGUAAUAAACUAACGGUACCGCAAUUGAUAAAAUUUUAAUCCGUACAGUUUGAGAACUCCUGCCUUUCUUGCUGUCGUCCGAAACACAAGGUGGGGGAGAAGAGAACCUGCACACUCCAAUAUCGACACUGUAUCGACUCGUCCUGCUGAUGCGGUUCGUGUCACCAGAAAUCCGCGUUAAAUGCCGCAAGGCUAAAUAAAACGAACGAACAUGUGCGUAUUUUGUAUACAACGUAUGUCGUGGGAUUAAUUUAUUUAUUAGAAAAAAUAAACCUUGAUGUGUCAGUGAGAUUUUAAGUGAACAUUUAAGGGUUUUUUUGAAAAAAAGGGAGGCGGUUCGCAGUCGUUCCCGGCACCUCGCCACUAAAUGGAGAACACCACCAGACGGUUUUUGAAAUGAUUUUUUUGAUGGUUACAAUGAAGAGUAGCUUGGAGUAUCUCUCCCACCUUCGAUUGAACGCGAUGGCGGUGUGAUAUGGAAGAUCAAGCGGAAAAUGUGGACGAUCUAAUCUGUACCUUCGAUUCCUACUCAAAUACAACCAUGGAUACUCUGGCCAUGUUCAUUUUCGGCUGGAUCCUGGUAGCUUUCGGCCUUCUCUGGCUUGGCAAGUUCCUUUACGCAAAAUUCCUUGAGAGUCGUAACAAGAAAUCAGCAACGGAAAUCGUUAGCAAACCGAAAAUUACCGAAGUAAUAAGCAAAGAUGAUUUGGCUUUAACCUCUAAUUCAGCAUCAGCAACCAACGAUUUAGAAAAAUCUAUCGAAAAACCACUGGUGUCAUUAAAAAAAUCUUCAAGUUUACCGAAAAGUAAAGGUGGAGCGGUCCCAUCAACACCGACAGCAAGAAGACGAUUAACAAGACAAUCACCAGCUCCAGCUGAUCUUAAAAAAACUCGAUAUAUUCCGGCUCCUAUGUGCACAGGUGCAGAUAACGUUAGUGUUUUAUGGAUAAAUGAUGUGUUUCAAUGGUUAUACAGUGAUAUGGUUAUUGUGAAUGAAUUACUUCAAGUUUGGAUCCAAAGUUUGAACGAGUUCUGCACAAGAAGCGAUAUCGAGCAAGGAAUUGGGAUUGAAUUCGUUCGUAUAUUACCAGAAACACAUCCUCCAUCAUUGACCAAUUUGUUUUGCGAAUGUGAUAGCAAAGAUGAUGUGGUUUUAACUUGUGAUUGCGAAGCCACACCAGCUUUCCAAUUAAAAUGUACAAGAAAAAAAGGGGACAAAUUGGAAACAUCUCAUUAUCGUGUAAAUGUGAACCGAUUACGUGCGAGACUGAACAUUUAUUUAAUAUCGGAAAAGCUUCAAGCUGACUUAAAAUGCGAUGGUUGGCCGGAAAUUAAGAUUGCUUUGGCUCCGGUUGGUAACAUUAAAAAUAACCUUGACGAAUCUCAACUACAAGAUGUAGUUAGUGAAAUUGUAACUGCUGCUUUAAGAAGCACAGAAUUCCAUUUAAAUUUGGCACAAUAUGCAUCAUGUCCAAGAUUAAUUAGACAUAUUGAAGUGUUGAAUACAAACAGGAGUUUACCUCUUCAUUACGAUAGUAUGUUAAGUGGAUAUACAUCAAGCAUAAAUCAUAUGUCAACGAAUCGAAUACCUAGCGAUAAAAGAUUAUUAGUAAAAAUAAUAAGAGCAACCCAACUUGGUGGCAAUUUAGGAUGUACUGAACCUUAUUGUGUCAUUGAAAUGGAUGAACCACCGCAAAAAUACCAAACAUCGUUUCAAAAAAAUACUGAUUCACCUUAUUGGGACGAACAUUUCUUAUUUGAGAUUUCAUCGAAUACUCAAGAACUUCUUUUAGAAAUUUACGAUCAUAGUAAAAAACCCCCAAGAUUUUUAGGCUUAGGAAUCGUUGGUGUUGAAGAGCUUUUAAUAAAUCCAUCUCAAAGACAAACGAUUUCUCUACAAAGUCGACCAUAUGAGAGUGAUCAAGUUUCAGGAACUCUAACCGCUGAAUUCUUGUUUAUAGAAGGUGCUGAUAUUCCAAUUGUAGGCAGUCACCCUUAUAAAAUUAAAGAAACCAUUUCCCCAUCACCUUCUAGUGGUCGCUUGAGCCCCAAUCCUGUCUUUAGAAAUGAUAGAUUAACUAAUGGAGAUCACUUUGUCGAUGGAGAUUACAGAAGACCGUCAUCAUUUAACCCAAAUACAAACACUUUAGUGGUUCAUAGCAUGCAAAGACAGCCAUCUCAACGAUUAGUAAAGGUUGAGCUGAGCGAAGGCUCUUGGAAAGAAGUCGAACGCAUCGAAAAAUCUUUAAACGACGAUAUUGCACGAGAAGAGUUACAAGAAAAGCUCGAUGAAUUAUCUAACGGAAACGGAAAUAUCGGUAAUGGUAACACAACUGUUACCGAUGAAGAAAAAGGUCCAGCGUCUUUACAACAAUCACCAUACAGCCAAUACCACCAAACACAAAUUCCAAAUGAAUCGUUAGAAUAUCGUGGUCGUUCCCGGAAAAGACGAGAUUUCUUUGGGACUAUAAAAAGGAGAUUGGGGCGUUCUAAAGGGAGAUCAAAAAGUGCUGGCCCCGGUGAUGAAGAUUUCGGGAGAGAGGAUUCUUUAAAUCGUUCGAUAUCAGCGGAUAGAGGCCGUGGUGAAAGUUAUAAACUUACCGUUCCUGGGGGGAGACCGGAAGAAACAUCGCGACGAUCGAGUUUAUCGGAAGCUUCGGGUUUAAGUAGUACAUCAACUAGGACUUAUAUAAAUGAAGCGAGUACUCUAGUGUUGGAAACCUUAGAGAACGGAAUUAAGAAGCACUACUUAGUUCCGUUGUCAUUGGCACAAAAAUCUAAAUGGAAAAAGAAAGGGACUAAAUUACAUAUAUUUAAUGAUCACACGUUUAUUGCUAAGCAUAUUACUGGUGGAACUGUUUGUCAAGUUUGUUGUAAAACGAUAGCACGUAGAAUUGGAAAACAAGGUUAUGAGUGUAGGGAUUGCUUAUUAAAAUGCCACAAACAAUGUCACGUUAAAGUUAAUGAUAAUUGUCCAACAUCUACUAUACACAACAUUGAAUUGUCAUAUAUACAAAACCCUUUAACCGAUAAAAAUAUAAGGAUGCUUUGAGAAGAAGAUUACGAAAAAACAGUUACCAAAACCUCUUAAAUUCUACAUAAAUGGGUAGUGUAAUUUAAUUUUAUAUUUAAAGUUCACUUACUUAAUAUAUUAUAUUGGUUUGAAGUGUUUCGGUUGUGGAG